AGUCGCUCGCUGUAUGCAAUUCCCGCUAGCUAUAUAAACAGCCUCCUCGACCCCUCUGUCUCUCUCUCUGCCCUCCUUGCUCUGAUUUCAGCAUCCAAAUUGUGAGAGAAAAGUAACGUUUUCGCUUUAUCCAGCUCGCUGUUUCAACUUUCAAGAUACCUACAACAAUUUGUUCAAAGCUCAAACAGAUCACAAAAUAUUGCACUCCAUUUGGUCCAAACAAGAGUCUCCUUGAUCAGUGACACUAAUUGUCCAAAGAGUCAGAUUUAGUUUUAUCUUUGGCUCAUUGGCUGGUGAAGCAGGAAUUAUGCUUCUAUUGUGUGGAAUUUGUAUUUAUAUACGCUUUUGAGGUUUUCUCGGCAUGGGUUUCAGUUUUUAUAGAUAAAAAAAGUGGAUUGAGCAUAUUUGUUAUUAGAAAAAAAAAAAAUACUGUUCAGGCCUAGAUCUGGAGAGCUACUUAGACUCUGGCCAUCAGGGGGUGGUGCCUGCCAUGGCACCUUCUCGUGUGGCUGGAGGUUUAGCCCAUUCUUCCUCAAGUUCAGGAAUUUUCUUCCAGGGGGAUGGGCAGUCCCAGGCUGUUGUUAACUCACACUUGACCUCAUCAUUUGGUAACUCAUCCAAUUCAAUUCCUGGAACUGGGCGAGCCAGUCUGGGUCUGGUUUCUGGGGACAUGAAUAAUACGGUUUUGAACAGCGUGGCAAACUCUGGACCAAGUGUUGGCGCAAGUUCUUUGGUGACAGAUGCAAAUUCAGCACUUUCAGGAGGUCCCCAUUUGCAGAGAAGUGCGAGCAUCAAUACAGAGUCAUAUAUGCGCUUGCCAGCAUCUCCCAUGUCUUUUUCAUCCAAUAAUAUAAGCAUUUCAGGUUCUUCAGUUGUUGAUGGGUCGUCUGUAGUGCAGCAGGGCAAUCAUCAAGAUCUAAGCACACAGCAAGUCCAGCCGAAUCAGCAGCACCAACCAGGGACAUCAAGCGCUACAUCCCUGCCUUCCUCACAAGUUGCACAAGCAUCACUUCCCAUGGGUCUGCGGGCUCCUGGUGCAUUCCUACAGGACCAUAAUAAGCUAUCCCAAGUGCAGAAGAAACCGAGAUUGGAUAUCAAACAGGAAGAUAUUCUGCAGCAGCAAGUUUUCCAGCAACUGCUUCAGCGACAGGACACUAUGCAGUUGCAGGGCCGAAGUCCACAGUUACAGACAUUGCUUCAUCAGCAGAGACUGAGGCAACAGCAGCAACUUUUCCAAUCUAUGCCACCAUUGCAGAGAGCUCAAUUGCUGCAGCAGCAGCAGCAGCAGCAGCAGCAGCAGCAGCAGCAGCAGCAAAUGCAGUUGAGGCAGCAACUGCAACAACAGACCAUACAACCAAUGUCAGCCAUGAAGCGUCCUUAUGAUGGAGGUAUAUGUGCACGUCGGUUGAUGCAAUAUCUUUAUCAUCAGCGGCAACGGCCAGCUGAGAAUUCAAUUGCAUAUUGGAGGAAAUUUGUGGCAGAGUAUUAUUCACCUCGUGCAAAGAAAAGAUGGUGCUUGUCAUUAUAUGAUAAUGUUGGCCAUCAUGCACUUGGAGUUUUCCCUCAAGCAGCUAUGGAAGCAUGGCAGUGUGAUAUUUGUGGUUCAAAGUCUGGAAGAGGAUUUGAGGCCACUUUUGAAAUACUUCCCAGACUGAAUGAAAUUAAAUUUGGAAGUGGUGUCAUUGAUGAGCUACUGUUUUUGGACUUGCCACGUGAACUUAGAUUUCCUUCUGGAAUAAUGGUGCUAGAAUAUGGAAAAGCAGUUCAAGAGAGCGUGUAUGAGCAACUUCGUGUUGUUCGUGAGGGUCAGCUUCGUAUCAUAUUCACCCAUGACCUGAAGAUUUUGUCUUGGGAAUUUUGUGCUCGACGACAUGAAGAACUUCUUCCACGGAGAGUGGUUGCACCACAGGUGAAUCAGUUGGUUCAGGUUGCACAGAAAUGUCAGAGCACAAUUACUGAAAGUGGAGCUGAUGGGGUUUCUCAGCAGGACUUGCAAACAAACAGCAAUAUGGUCCUAACUGCUGGGCGUCAGCUUGCGAAGACUUUGGAGUUACAGUCUCUAAAUGAUUUGGGAUUUUCCAAAAGAUAUGUCAGGUGUUUGCAGAUCUCUGAGGUUGUCAACAGCAUGAAGGAUCUGAUUGAUUUCUGCCGGGAGCACAAAGUUGGGCCAAUAGAGGGCUUGAAAAAUUAUCCUCGACAUAACACUGCAGCAAAACUCCAGAUGCAAAAGAUGCAGGAAAUGGAGCAGCUAGUGAAUGUUCAGGGCCUGCCAACUGACAGGAACACCCUUAAUAAGCUGAUGGCAUUACAUCCUGGCAUAAACAACCACAUCAGCAAUAAUAAUCACAUGGUUAGUCGAGGAGCUUUAAGUGGUUCAGCACAGGCUGCUUUGGCACUGACCAACUACCAGAAUCUGCUCAUGAGGCAAAACUCUAUGAAUUCAAACUCUAACUCGCUUCAACAAGAGUCUCCAUCAUCGUUCAAUACUUCUAAUCAAAGUCCAUCUUCAAACUUCCAAGGAUCUUCCGUUUUCGUACCGGGAUCCAUGCAAGGCUUACCAGCAAGUAGCUUUUCGAGUCCACAAAUACCUUCCCAACAGCAACAGCAACAACAACGAACAGUAAGCACUAAUAGCUUACUCCAACAAAACCAUCAAGCAUCCUCUCAAGGUAGCCAAGUCUUGCAACAGCAGAUGAUCCGGCAACUGCUGCAGAUGUCUAACAAUAGUGGAGUUCACCAAAAUCCGCUUGCUGGACAAAAUGGAAAUGGGAGUAUGGCAAGAAAUGGAUUGGGUUUUGGAAGCAACUCUUCAGCAGCACCUCCUGCUGCGGCUGCCCUUUCUGGAAGUGUUGCAGGACCUGCACCAAGUAGGAGCAAUAGUUUUAAAGCUGCUUCAAACAGUGAUUCUUCUGCAGCUGGUGGCAAUAGUGGUUUUAACCAAAAAGUGCCAGAUUUGCCACAGAAUCUCCAUUUGCAGGAGGAUAUUGUUCCUGAUAUUGCCCAUGAGUUCAGUGAAAAUGGCUUUUUUAACAGUGAUCUUGACGAUACCAUCGGUUAUGGUUGGAAGGCAUGACUAACAUCGUAUGGCCUAGCCCUUUGCUGUCAUUGAGCAAAUGCUAGGAAGAUAUAUUUUUGUACAGAAUAUUGAAUAGCUGCUUUACCCCACCUCCCUUGCUUUUUUAAUUAUCGAAUUUGUUGUGACCUUGUAUUUCUGUAGGUAAUUAGCUCCGUUCCUGUUUUUGGUUCUUUCCUCUUUCCUCUUUCUCUUCUUUUGAGGGUUUUUCUUUCGAGUCUUGCAAGUGUAAUCUAUUGGACGAAAACUGGAACUGGAACAGCGAAUAUGAUAUUUUAAUGAGUUAUGCUAUAUGGUAUUUUCUGA